AUGUUUACCAGCAAAGUUCCGACCCGCCAGCACUACGACGUCGUUAUCGUCGGCGGUGCCACCAGUGGCUCCUCGAUUGCAUGGCAUCUAGCUACAAAUCCAGACUUCAAGGGCUCCGUGCUCGUGGUCGAACGAGACCCUUCCCUGGAGUAUUCCGCUACCAAAGCUAGCAACAACUGCAUGCGCCAACAAUUCGCAACCGCCAUCAAUGUCCAGAUUGCGCAAUAUGCAGCCGAUUUCGUUAAGCGCUUUGGCACCGAGUUUCCUCCAGACCCCCGCGACGUACCCUUUACCCCUUCCAUUCGCAACUUUGGAUACCUCUAUUUAUCCGAUUCAUCCAAGUUUACGGGAGUGUUGAAGAAGGACCAGGAGCUGCAGGCGAGCUUGGGAGCCGGCACUCGAAUUAUUUCAAGGGCUGAUGUCCAGCAAAAGUACCCAUUCUUCUACACCGACGACCUUGACAGUGCGAGUCUGAAUGUUGUCGAUGAAGGUGCCUUUAAUGCCUGGGGUAUGGUGCAGUGGCUGCGUAGCACUGCCCAGGCACACGGCGUGGAGUACAUCGCGAAUGAAGUCAUCGGGGCAGAAUUAGAGGAAACGGGCGAUAGGGUGCGAAGCAUCAAACUACGCACCGGGGAGCAGAUCGUCGUCGGCACCCUGGUUAAUGCUGCAGGGACUCGUGCUGCUACGGUCUCUAAAAUGGCGGGUAUUGCCGGUUUGCCCAUUGAGGCUAGACGACGCUACACGUACAUCUUCUCUGUGGAUGAGAGCCUGACCCAGGAUCUCCCUCUAACCAUUGACCCGUCAGGUGUCCAUGUCCGUUCCUACGGCGCAAAAGACUACCUCGUUGGUUGCCCCCCCAUCGAGUCAGACACUGCGGUGGAUGUGGACGAUUUCAGCUUUGCAGAGAAUGUAUGGGAGGAGAAGAUAUUUCCGGUUAUUACACGCAGGGUUCCACAAUUUGCCAGCGCACGCGUGACGGAUUCUUGGGUGGGUCAUUAUGAGUUUAAUACGUUCGACCAUAAUGCUAUUGUUGGGCCACACAGCAAGGUCAGCAAUUUCCUUUUCUGUGUGGGCUUUUCUGGCCAUGGGAGCCAACAGGCUCCGGCUUGCGGACGUGGUGUUGCUGAGUUAAUUGUGUACGGGCGCUUCCAGACCCUUGACCUCAGUGUGCUUUCCUAUCAGCGGCUGAUCGAAAAUCAGCCUCUGACGGAGCGAGCAGUUAUAUAG